UAGGUCCUCGUUUUAACGAAAAUAAAAACACACACGCACUCACUUAUACAUACAAAUAUUCCUAUCUCUCUCUCAUCUCGCUCCAUUUCCAAACUCUGUAAAUCCAAAUUCCCUUUGUUUCUCCUUCCUCACGUUCAAAUUCCUAAACCCUAAUCCUAACCUGAAUUCGUAUGUGAUUAUUACAGUUUUAAAGGAGUAGCGUGUUCGGAAAAUGGAGUCUCAGGCGAACAAUCUGUACGAUACGGCGUCGCAGCCGGACACGGGCAACGAUGCCUACACAUUUUUGGAAUUCAACACGCAGGGAGAGGAAUUCGAUUAUCCUGAGUUUCAUGAGCUUUCGCAGCCAAUUCGAUCAUCUGCGUGGCCUACGCCGUCCGAUUCUUUAGUCUCGGAAGCUCCUGAGCGGCCACCGUCGUCAUCCGACGCUUCUCCUUCCGCCAAAUCACGUGGCGGUGGUGGAGGAAAUAGCAAUAGUAAAGUUAGUAGUAAUAAGGCGGCAGCGGUGGCGGUGGAUGCAUCGGCGGCGGGGAUGAGCGCGUUGAAUUUUGAAGAGACUGGUGAUGAUGAGAGUUUUGAGUAUGGGAAAGGAGAUUUUGCUGUUGAACAUUCUUGCAAGUACUGUGGAGUAGCGAAUCCUGCUUGUGUAGUUAGGUGCAACGUGCCAUCUUGCCGCAAAUGGUUCUGUAAUUCGAGAGGGAACACUUCGGGUUCUCAUAUUGUUAAUCAUUUGGUUCGAGCGAAACACAAGGAGGUAUGUCUUCAUAAAGACAGUCCACUGGGAGAAACAAUUCUGGAGUGCUACAACUGUGGAUGUCGGAAUGUCUUUCUUCUUGGUUUCAUCUCUGCCAAGACAGAGAGUGUCGUUGUUCUCCUCUGUAGGGAACCAUGUCUAAGUGUUAAUGCAUUGAAGGACAUGAAUUGGGAUCUGAGUCAGUGGUGCCCCCUUAUCGAUGACAGGUGUUUCUUGCAGUGGCUCGUUAAGGUCCCAUCUGAGCAAGAACAGUUGCGCGCACGCCAAAUCAGUGCUCAACAAAUAAACAAAAUUGAAGAAUUGUGGAAGACAAAUCCUGACGCUACCCUGGCAGAUCUUGAGAAGCCAGGUGUGGAUGAUGAACCUCAGCCUGUUGGAUUGAAGUAUGAAGAUGCCUAUCAGUAUCAAAACGUAUUUGCACCGCUGAUCAAUCUUGAAGCUGACUAUGAUAAGAUGAUGAAAGAGUCUCAAAGUAAAGAUAACAUCACUGUUCGAUGGGAUAUUGGUCUCAACAAGAAGCGCGUUGCAUAUUUUGUUUUCGCGAAGGAAGACAAUGAGUUACGUCUUGUACCUGGUGAUGAGCUACGAUUGCGUUAUUCAGGGAAUGCAGCUCAUCCAGCUUGGCAGUCAGUGGGCCAUGUGAUAAAAUUAACCGCUCAAGAAGAGGUUGCCCUUGAGCUUCGUGCCAGUCAGGGAGUUCCGGUUGAUGUGACCCAUGGGUUCAGUGUUGAUUUUGUUUGGAAGAGUACGAGCUUUGAUAGGAUGCAGACUGCAAUGAAAACUUUUGCAGUGGACGAGACAAGUGUCAGUGGGUAUAUUUACCAUCACCUGUUAGGUCACGAAGUUGAGAUGCAGAUGGUCCGGAAUACACUUCCUCGCCGUUUUGGUGCUCCUGGUCUUCCAGAGCUUAACGCGUCUCAGGUUUUCGCUGUAAAAAGUGUUCUCCAGAAGCCCGUCAGUUUAAUUCAAGGUCCGCCUGGUACGGGGAAAACUGUCACCUCGGCUGCCAUCGUGUAUCAUAUGGCCAAGCAAGACCAGGGUCAGGUUUUGGUCUGUGCACCCAGUAACGUGGCUGUGGACCAAUUAGCAGAGAAAAUAAGUGCUACUGGUCUGAAGGUUGUCAGGCUCUGUGCUAAGUCAAGAGAAGCUGUCAGUUCUCCUGUUGAGCAUUUAACCCUUCAUUAUCAGGUUCGUCAUCUUGACACAUCUGAGAAGAGUGAACUUCACAAGUUACAGCAAUUGAAGGAUGAACAAGGAGAACUCUCCAGCAGUGAUGAGAAGAAAUAUAAAGCUCUGAAGCGGGCAACAGAGAGGGAGAUAGCUCAAAGUGCUGAUGUGAUUUGUUGCACUUGUGUUGGUGCUGGAGAUCCUAGAUUGGCAAAUUUCAGAUUCCGUCAGGUGCUCAUUGAUGAGUCCACUCAAGCAGCUGAACCUGAAUGCCUUAUUCCUUUGGUUCUUGGAGCAAAGCAGGUUGUCCUUGUUGGUGAUCACUGCCAGCUUGGACCUGUCAUUAUGUGCAAGAAAGCUGCUCGUGCUGGACUUGCUCAAUCUCUGUUUGAACGUCUUGUUUUGCUGGGAGUGAAGCCAAUUAGGUUGCAGGUGAUUUUCUGGCCGAUUUUUUAUGCAUUAACAUUUCUGGGAUUGAUGAGGUUAGAUUGAAUUGUGUGUUCCAGU